AUCCGGAUCCGACCGGCGCGGCCCGGCAUCCGUCAGGCCAGUGCUCCGGCGAGUCCUCUUCCGAGGGCGCGGGAUUCGCCGCUGAGAUGGAGGACCUGCUGGAUUCGGAGAUCGGCAAGAACGACUACGACUGGCUUCUAACUCCGCCUGGGACACCUCGUGUUCCUGCUCUGGAGGUUGCUCAGAAGAUACCAUCUUCAAAUGUAUUGCCUAAGCGCACCAUCACCAGAUCGUCCUCAACUACAAGAGCAUCAAGGCUUUCUGUGUCUCAAACAGAGAAUGGACAUUCCACAGUUCCCACUAGACCAGCAAGAAGUAACUCUGUAACCCGCCCUUCUAUUCAAUCAGCUCUCAUGUCAAGCAACAACAGGACAUCAGUUCUCAACACAAGCAUUUCCUCCGUCAGUUCAAGACCUAUAACCCCUAGUAGGAGAAGCAACACCAUUUCUGCACCAAAACAACCGGUGCAAGCUUCACGUCCAGUUCCAGCAAGGUCAUCUACUCCUGUUAAAGCUCGUCCAUCUACACCAGCCAAAACUCGCCCAUCUACUCCUGUGAAAACUCAUCAACCAACAUCCAACUCUACAACUGAUGCAGCUGCUGCUAGGACCACAUCUACCCAAAGUUCAAGGCCAUCAACUCCAAAUUCUCGGUCUCGAAUUAUUUCCAGUUCAUCUUCAGGUUCUAUUUCUUCAAUGAGCCGCCCAAGUGCAUCCACGGGUAUAAUUCCUGCAACGACCCGCCCAGGCGCUUCCUCAAGUAAUGGCUUGUCCACCUCAUUGUCCUCUGGUACAAUUCCUUCAAUGAGUCGCUCCAGCUCACGGUCAUCUACACCUACACGCCAGGCUGCAGCACGUUCAUCUGCCCCAGCUCUUGGCCGUUUGCCCUCUUUUGGGCGGAAUUCUAGUAGCACUAGCUUGACAACAUCUAUGAACCGACCUGCCGCUAGCAGUGGCAGGAAUUCAGCACCGUCCUCAGCUCCAUCAUCCCGUCCGAGUUCUCCAGGUCCACGACCCCGAGCUCCAGUGCGGUCACAUGAUAUCCCUUCAUCGGCUCCAUCAUCUCGUCCAAGUUCCCCAGGCCCACGACCCCGAGCUCCAGUGCGCUCGCAUGAUAUCCCUUCAUCGACUCCAUCAUCUCGUCCAAGUUCCCCAGGUCCACGACCCCGAGCUCCAGUGCGACCACUUGAUAUUCCUGAUUUCCCAAGUGAAACUCCACCAAAUCUAAGGACUAAACUACCCGAGCGACCGCUAUCUGCUGGUAGAUCACGCCCGGGAAUGGCUUCAGGAAUAAGAUCAAACUCGAACGCCGAACAAUCAUCUGCCUCAGCUCCUGUGAAAAAGAGCUCUGUGCCUGCGGCGGGCCGAAGUAAAUUUUCUGAUGCACCAUCAAAGGCGCCUUCUCGCUCAAAUGGACACCAAAAUAAACAGACAGAAAGGUCCACUGACAGUCAAGCUAGUAGAGCAGGACGGCCUGUUGCAGUUGCAGGCACAGAUAAUGGAUUUGGGAGAACAAUAUCAAAGAAUUCACUCGACAUGGCAAUCAAGCACAUGGACAUUCGGCAGAACUUGGGUGGCAUUCGGGGCGCAUCCCUCUUUCCCCACAGCAUCCGCUCGACCGCUGGCAAGGUGCGGCCAGUUCGGAUGUCUGACCCCGGGCAUCCGACCUCAAACGGUGACCGACAGUACGCCGACAACGGCAGCGCCAAUGGGCACUUCUUCUCCGGGGAUUCCUACGGAGCCCUGUCGCGCAACGGCGGCAGCUCGACCGACUCGCCGGACCGGCUGAGCUUCGGGACCAAGGAGACCCUGAGCGAGCUGGACAUUUACGGCAGCACACGCUACGAGGCGAUGCUGCUGAGGGAGGAUGCGAAGAACACGAGCUGGCUGCAUGGGUUCGACGACAAGCCAGACCAGAGCCCGCUGUUCGACCACCGGUUUGAGCCGCUCCCGGAGCCUUUCAGCCCAUACUGACGGCAUGCCGCCGCCUCUGCCUGUAAAGUCUUCUGCCCACCCACUUGUUUCGUAUGCUUUUCCACUUGUGUCCCGAGAUGUGUACUGUUGUUUCGUCUGUUUUGGUUGGUUCUGCACGCACGCACCCCUCAGAUCGUUUUCCUUGUGUUGCUGUGGAGAUGGAUGAGACGGAUGAGGGACUCUGGGUUUGCCGCCCUUGAUUUAUUAUCGCCAGAGGGUUGGUUGGGUUGCACAGAUUGUUGUACCGAAAGAUGGAAGUACAGAUAGAUACUGAUAAAGAGUAAAAUCAUUUGUAAGCUUUUGUAAUGUGAUACGAAGAUGUGAGAUCAUGCAUGUACCUGUUGGAAAUUACAAGUUGGAACAAAGCAAUGCCGCUUAGGGCUUUUCUUUUGA